AUGGCUCCCAGAACAGUCCUCAUCACUGGCUGUUCCUCAGGCAUCGGGUUGGCACUGGCUGUGAGAUUGGCCACUGAUUCCCAGGGCCGCUUCAAAGUACUGGCCACCAUGAGGGACCUGAAUUGCCGUGGACCCCUAGAAGAAGCAGCUGGAUCAGCUCUGGGACAAACCCUAGAGAUUGGGCAACUGGACGUCUGUGACGAGGGCUCCAUCACCCGCUGCCUGAAUAAGCUUCCAGGACAAUAUGUGGAUAUCCUUGUCAGCAAUGCAGGCAUAGGGCUCAUUGGACCCCUAGAAUCACUGUCUCUGGAUGACAUGCACCGAGUCAUGGAUACCAAUUUCUUUGGGUUGGUGCAACUGGUCCGGGCACUGAUGCCUGCCAUGAAGCGCCAACGCCGGGGGCACAUCGUGGUCAUCAGCAGCAUCAUGGGUUUGCAGGGCAUAAUGUUCAAUGACAUCUAUGCAGCCUCCAAAUUUGCAGUGGAGGGUUUCUGUGAGAGUCUCCUGGUACAGGCUCUUCGGUUCAACAUUUCGGUUACACUGGUAGAGCCAGGCCCUGUGACCUCAGAGUUCGAGGGAAAGCUGUACUCCGGGGUAGAGCAGGUGGACUAUGUUGGCACUGAUUCUGAGACUGCAGACAUCUUCACGAGCAUCUACUUGCCCAACUCCCGGGCUCUCUUUGCCAGCCUGAGCCAGAGCCCGGAGGAUGUGGCCGAGCACACCUUGAAGGUCAUCUGUGCCCGCCGCCCCCCCUUCCGCCACCAAACCAACCCGGCCUACACGCCCAUGCUGGCCUUGAAGAGCGCCGACCCGUCGGGGCAACUGGCCGGCUCAGCCUUCUACAGCCUGGUGUUCCGCCACGGGUCGUUGCUCCGGGCCAGCCUUCAGGCCGUGCGCCUCUGCCGCUGGAAGGCGCGCAAGUUCCGCCAGGCUCUACGCUUGCUCGGCCUCCGCUGAACCAAGUCCCCUCCGUACCUCCCCGGACUGGGGGCAAGCUUGAAGAGGCUUCGCUCGCUUUCCCUCAGUCGUUGCCCUGCGCGGAAAUCCAGCGUAGCCACCCCACCCCUCCUCCCUUCCCUCAGUGGAGUGUCCUGAGACCUGGGCUCGGGGAGCGGCUGGGGGGCUCCGGGUCUGGGUUUAUAGAAGAGUAUAGGACUCGGAGCUGUACGGGCUUCUCUCUUCCUUCUAUUCAGCAGCUGAGAUACCAGUAAUCCAUACUUAAUACGGUCUAGUACAAACCCUCGCCCCCUUCUCGUUUUCCAAAGGGGAAAACCGAGGUUUAGAGGUAUGGGAAGGAACAUGUCCCUGGUCAAACGGAGUCACACACAAGUCCCCGACAUCCCGAUGCUCCUGGGAUAGAAGGAAGA